UCGAGCCAAGCAGCGGGGUCAGAGCAGAGACAGGCUCCCAGCAGCCGCCGUACCGAGGAGGCACGCUCUUUUAUUGCAAGCAAGUGUGACAGUCACAUUGUUCUCACUGCAUCCUGAAACGCACCCGGCCUUGAAUUUCCAACCAGACCUCGUCAUGAUGGCGACGGAGCAAACGGCUGUGAGUUCUCAUGCACCGGGCCAAACUUCUGCCAGGACAUGGCUCUCCCCCAGCACAAGAGGAGCACCCAGAACACCCAGUGACGCCUCCCGUUUCAAUGGAGACGGGGUUCGCUACAAAGCCAAGCUGAUCGGCGUGGACCCGGUGCCGUACGCCCAGGGUGAGAAGAUGUGCUGGGACUCUAUGAUGAAGCUAAAGGGCUUUGAUGCAGCAGCAAGGAGACAGGGGAAACACAAGCAGAGAGUCUGGUUGAAAGUUUCCUCCAGUGGACUGAAAAUGGUGGAUGGAAGGACCGGGGCUGUACUUCAUGACCAUGACAGGAGCAGGAUCAGCUCUUUGACGACAGAUGAGUCUGACCCCAGAGCUCUGGCCUACGUUUACCAGCACCAAGACACCUGCAGCCUCUUCUACAUCAAGACAGCAAACCUGGCAGAACCGGUCCUAGCUGACAUUGAGGAGGUUUGUCACAUUGUGGACCAGGAGACGCCACAAGAACCUGCAGAGGCACCGACGCAAACCAAUUCCUUACUGCUACUAAAUGACAGUUCAGUCCCUCCAGCUGAGGGACCAGCUUCUGAGGAUGUCUUCAGUCCCUGGACAAAUUCUUCUUCAGGACAAUCAAACCAGGCCUCUGUUAGUAAUGACCUGAUGGAAGUCUUCUCCAUCCAGAGGGAGGAGCCGCUGAUGCCCGACCAGAGCUCAUGCACCAGUCAGCCAGAGUCUCCACAGCUAACGCUCUCGGCCUCUCAGAUCCUCUCCAUGUUCCCUACACAGCCAACAGGGGGCUCUCCGUACUCCUCUCCCCCAUAUUCUCCCACCACCAUGCCCUGGGGCCAGCAGGGGUUUCUGGAGAAUCAGUGGGCAGCUCCAGCUGCAGCGCCCUGGCCCACAAUUCAAAGCGGUAUGGCAGCAUGGGCACCAGCAGGCAUCGCAGCGCCCCCGGCAGGCGGCCAGAUGAUGAUAGGAGGAGGCACAUCUGCUUCACCCACAGCUGUUAACGGGUACCCCAGCCCUCUAAACUCCCUCUAUUCCCCCGCUGGAGCAACUGGACCACUGCAGUCAGUAUCUCCCCCCUUGGACCAUAAUCUGCUCUUGUGAUGAACUGGUUAGAACGGGGAAAAAGUGUUAUUGAAUUGAAAAUUGCUGUCUUUUGUGUUGUUAUUCAAGAAAAUUGUAAGAUUUAAAUAAUCAAACAUGUCGGUCACAGUUACAGUAUGAAGUUUACUGUCUGUUUACUGGAAAAUACGAAAAGCUCAUAAUCAAUCAUCAAUUAUUAAUUGAUAGUAUUCGAUAUUAAUCAUGUUUCAUUUUACCAGCUCAUAUAUGUUCUGUUUUAUGAGUUUAUCUGGUACUCUAAAUUCAUUUUCAUUUCUUUAUUUGGUUUCUACUUUUUACUUUGCUUUUUCUUUAUGAAAUUACAAUUUGCUGUUUAAAAAAAAACAUGUCUUCAGGUUUGCUCAUAAUGCAGAAUAAAAUGCAGGACGUACAAAGAAGCAAAGUAAAAUGAUGUAAUUCUGUUUUACCUCUUUCUCUAAACCUUUCUCUUUUUUGAAAUAGAAGAGGGAAAUGUCUGAACACUGAAAGACAAAUGAAGACAGACAACAUUACUUCACAGUGCCGUCACAUGUUACCGUACAUUUACGCAAAAUG